UGGGCAUUCAGCGGAGUUUGCUCGAGGAGAAUGCCGUAAGAGUCAUUCAUUUAUAUCUUUUGUAACACCAGGACAGAAUGGCUGAACUCAAGUACUUGCGUGGAUUUGGGAAUGAAUUCUCCUCCGAAGACCCUCGCUGUCCUGGUUCUUUACCUGAAGGACAGAACAAUCCUCAGGUGUGCCCGUAUGGCCUCUACGCUGAACAGCUCUCUGGAUCGGCCUUCACUUGCCCACGUCCAGCCAAUAAGAGGAGCUGGCUUUAUCGCAUUCUCCCAUCUGUCAAGCAUAAACCUUUCCUGCCUGCGCCCUGUGGGAAUCUGACAGAGAAGUGGGACGAGGUGGAGCCCGAUCCCAACCAGAUGCGAUGGCGCCCAUUCUCCAUCCCCAAGUCUACAGAGAAGCUAGUCGACUUUGUGGCUGGUCUGCACACCAUCUGCGGUGCUGGGGAUGCUAAAUCUCGCAACGGCAUUGGCAUCCACGUGUACACCUGCAACACCUCCAUGAUGAACAAAUGCUUCAACAACUCCGAUGGAGACUUUCUGAUUGUGCCACAGCAGAGCGAGCUCUUGAUCACCACAGAGUUUGGCAAGAUGAUGGUCGAGCCGAACGAGAUAUGUGUCGUUCAGCAAGGGAUGCGCUUCAGCGUGGACGUGUUUGGAGAAGCGAGAGGUUAUAUCCUGGAGGUGUACGGAGCACAUUUUGAACUCCCUGACCUCGGGCCUAUAGGAGGCAACGGUCUGGCCAACCCGAGAGACUUCCUGUGUCCAGUGGCGUGGUACGAGGAUCGGGAAGUGUCCACAGGUUACAGCGUCAUCAAUAAAUACCAAGGGAGGCUCUUCGCCUGCCAACAGGAUUUCUCUCCCUUCAACGUGGUCGCCUGGCACGGCAACUACACACCGUACAAGUACAACGUCAACAACUUCAUGGUCAUCAACUGUGUGGCCUUUGAUCAUGCAGAUCCAUCCAUCUUUACUGUUUUGACGGCCAAAUCCACCAGACCGGGUGUGGCCAUCGCUGACUUUGUGAUCUUCCCCCCGCGCUGGGGUGUGGCUGACCAUACCUUCCGUCCACCAUAUUAUCACCGUAACUGCAUGAGUGAAUUCAUGGGGCUUAUAAAGGGCCACUAUGAAGCCAAAGAGGAGGGUUUCCAGCCGGGUGGGGCCAGCCUCCACAGCAUCAUGACCCCACACGGCCCUGACGCUGACUGUUUUGAGAAGAACAGCCUAGCUGAGCUCAAACCAGAGAGGGUGGCUGAAGGAACCAUGGCGUUCAUGUUCGAAUCAUCCUUCAGCAUGGCUGUGACCAAGUGGGGUCUGGAGACGUGCCAGAAGCUUGACAAGAGCUAUUACCAGUGCUGGGAGCAUCUAUGCAGCCACUUUAACCCCAACUGGCAGCCCACAAAACACGAGACAACGCAGAAUCCGGGCCAAAUGCAAUAGCCAAGCAAAACCCGACAUAUUUCAAUUUCCAAAUAUAUUUUAACAUAGCCACUCAAGUUCCAUGUAGUCACUACUCUAUAUCACACAUUUGACAUGUAAGACGGUACUGUUUGGAAAAAAAAAUAUCUGUAUAUUUAAUUGGAAUAACUGUACAUUCAUUGGAUGGGCAAAAAAAAGAAAAAGCACUAAAACUUUAUCAUUCCAUAACUGUCACUUGAUUUAUGACUGAUCCCA